AUGCUAUGUCUCUUUUUCUCUGCUUACAUUAUGACAGGAUACAUGGAUGAUAAUAAUCACCUCUUCCCUCUUCUAUAUGUCUUUUUCCCUGCUUUUAUUAUGACAGGAUACAGGGAUGUUAUUAAUAACACACUUCCCUCAUCUAUGAUAUGUCACUUUUUUUCUGCUUACAUUAUGACAGGAUACAGGGAUGAUAUUAAUCACACUCUUCCCUCUUCUAUGCUAUGUCUCUUUUUCUCUGCUUACAUUAUGACAGGAUACAGGGAUGAUAUUAAGCACACUCUUCCCUCUUCUAUGCUAUGUCUCUUUUUCUCUGCUUACAUUAUGACAGGAUACAGGGAUGAUAUUAAGCACACUCUUCCCUCUUCUAUGCUAUGUCUCUUUUUCUCUGCUUACAUUAUGACAGGAUACAGGGAUGAUAUUAAUCCCACACUUCCCUCUUCUUGCUAUGUCUCUUUUUCUCUGCUUACAUUAUGA